UCCCAGGUGUGUCCCAUAUAUAUUUGUGUUGCCGCAAUAAACCUCCUCUCUUUUUAUCGCUUGCGAAGACCUAACGCAGUCAAUCCGAGUUUCUCAAGCUUUUAGCCGUUUAGGGUUUUAUCCUUUGCUGAGAUCCAAUCAUGGCGGAUGUCGAACCAGAGGUUGCAGCGGCUGGAGUCCCGAAGAAGAGGACGUUCAAGAAGUUUGCCUUCAGAGGAGUCGAUCUCGAUGCUCUCCUUGAUAUGUCUACUGAUGAUCUUGUUAAGCUCUUCCCUGCUCGUAUCCGCAGAAGGUUCUCUAGAGGUUUGACAAGGAAGCCAAUGGCUCUGAUUAAGAAGCUCCGUAAAGCGAAAAGGGAGGCACCACAAGGUGAGAAGCCAGAACCAGUGAGAACCCACCUGAGGAACAUGAUCAUUGUCCCAGAGAUGAUCGGAAGCAUCAUUGGAGUGUACAACGGCAAGACUUUCAACCAAGUCGAGAUCAAGCCCGAGAUGAUUGGUCACUACCUGGCUGAGUUCUCCAUCUCAUACAAGCCUGUUAAGCACGGUAGGCCUGGUGUUGGUGCUACCCACUCCUCCAGAUUCAUUCCUCUCAAGUGAAGAGCUUUUACUUGGAGAAUGUGUUGGAUCUUUAUAUGGUCUUUGCUUUGAUUUCUCUCAAGUAUGUGGAUCUUUUUUGUUGUUGUUUUAUGUUGAAACCUACUUUAGAUACUUUCUCGACAUCUAGCUCUUGCGUUUUCAUUAUUAUGUGCUCAAGAUCUUAAAUCAAAUAUUUUUGGAGUUUCGUUAUGAUUGACCGUCGAA